AUGUAUCCUAUGGUUUCUUCAUGCAACUUCUUGCGGGCGAAUAUUCUUCGUGUAAUUCUGGUUUACACCAGCCAUUCGAGCUGCGUUGAUAUCAGGAAACGAUCGCAUGGAGACCACGUGACCGUUUGGUGGCAUUAUCCAGAUGUUGCUCAAUUAUCCAGAUUUUCCUCAUUGCAUAGGAUACGUCCAUGUACUGUACUUCGAUUUGCACACCCCACAAAAACACACUGA